AAAAAUAGAAAUAGAAAAAUAAAAAUAGAAAAAAAAGUGAAUUUUAGACAUUGAAUGUUAUACGCUGGUUGGACAUUUUUAUUCUCUACUUGUAUUUAUGUUGUACAUUGUUUUUCAAGUUUGAGUAGGUGUUCUGGUAUUUUUUGUAUUAUUAUUAUUAUUGCUUGUUAUUCUGUGUGGAUGUUGUGUGUCUUAUACCUGCUGCUGUAUCUGUCUGUCUGUCUGUCUGUCUGUCUGUCUGUCCAGAUGAACUUGGUGGUGAUGAGUUUGUAGCAGCCUGACACACAUACACAUACAUAAGAAUGUACGUAUCACCGGUCCAUAGGCCCUCAGGUCCACAGGCCCCCAGGUCCAUAGGCCCUCAGGUCCAGGUCCACAGGCCCUCAGGUCCACAGGCCCCCAGGUCCAUAGGCCCUCAGGUCCACAGUAGGGGUGUGAAACCUUCCCCCUUCAUUCAUCAACCUGCUGCAGGGCCAGAGGAUCAUCUGCAUGUCCAACAUACAGCGUGAAGGGAAAGACAAUUGUGGUGCUGAUCUUCCCGAGCAGGGGAAAAAUGUCAGCCUCACACCCACAGCCACACAGAUGAUUACUCACUGGCUGGCAGGUAUACGGAGGUGAUAAGGGCUGAGAUUUCAACGGUCCGACCUGAACCUUGCUCCCUGGGGAGAGUUUCACCGCCUCAGGUGGAGUCCUGCACGCUCACCUGCUGUUUCAGGAAAUGAAGCUUUGAUCCGUUCCACACAGCGCAGCGGGAGCUCUCAUUGCAAAAUAUGAAACAAGCGUGUAGAACAACGCAACAGCUGCAAUGCAACAGUUACUUUGAGAGCAACACUAGCAUGACUGUUUCCUGGAGAUCACGGCCAAAGCUCUUCCGCAUCUGUUUAUUACUGUGUGCAACCGGAGCAGUGUCUGGGCUGAUCCAGCUGCAGCCGCGGAAUUCUGCCGUGCUCCAAGGCUCCGACGCACGCUUUAAUGCCACUGUGCAAGGAAACUGGAUGGCCAUGACAUGGACUUUCCAAGGAAUUCUGGUUCUCAUCAUCACUGAGAGCGGUGACGUAACUUUAUCCAAAGAGCAGUUCUCUGCCAGAUUCUGCUCCAGUGGUGACGCCAGCUGUGUGGAGUUCACCAUCCAUAACGUCAGCCGCAAUGAGUCUGGGCCAGUCAUGUGCACCCUGCUGGGGGGGAGGUCAGAGACAGCACAGCUGGAGGUACAAGAGCACGGUACGGUCAACAUCACGGGAGAAAACGUGACCGUGAUGCAGGGCCAGCAGGUGGAGUUCCGGUGUGUAACAUCUGCUUGGUACCCCACACCUACUAUCAACUGGACCCGGAAUGGUCAUGCUGUAGACAGCAGCCUGUACAACACCUCCAGCAUGGCUGAUGGGGAUACCUUCAACUCCACCAGUGUCCUGAAGUUUCAGGCAGAAAGCAGUACCACAGUGGAGUGUUGGGCGACUGUGCAGGCAUUAACAAAUCCUCAAUUCAGCUCAGUGUUCUUGGUGGUUGAGCGCGGUACGGUCAACAUCACGGGAGAAAACGUGACCGUGAUGCAGGGCCAACAGGUGGAGUUCCGGUGUGUAACAUCCGCUUGGUACCCCACACCUACUAUCAACUGGACCCGGAAUGGUCAUGCUGUAGACAGCAGCCUGUACAACACCUCCAGCAUGGCUGAUGGGGAUACCUUCAACUCCACCAGUGUCCUGAAGUUUCAGGCAGAAAGCAGUACCACAGUGGAGUGUUGGGCGACUGUGCAGGCAUUAACAAAUCCUCAAUUCAGCUCAGUGUUCUUGGUGGUUGUUCCCAAGCCUCCUGACUGGACCGUGCUGAUAGCUGUGGUCGUGUCCUUUGGAGGUUCUGCUCUGCUGGUUCUGCUCAUCAUUGGAAUCAUAUUCUGCUACAAACGCAGGAAAGAAAAAAAAACCAACAACCUAGAUGAAAUGAGGACACAGAGCCAGCUAAGUGUUGUCAACGCAGCAGGAAAGGGGGCGUAUGACAACACAGGAUAUGUGUCGGAGGGUCAAACAAGUGUGGCUCCCAGUGAACACACUGACAGUGGCUUUUGCCAGGCAAUUGGCUCCAAUGUUUAUCAGGUGCCUGUGUAUGGUAUCCAGGCAGCGAAUUGCAACAUUAACACUGUGGACCAAUCAGGCUUCAGGAAACACAGACAUGUCACCAUUGUGUAAAGACAGAGGACCAAGAAGUUGAGGAGUUUUUGGAAUGAACUUGCACAGCACCUGGAAGCCUUCUAAACGCUGGAGAAAGGUGGGAGGAAGGACUGAAUCUGCCCAGACCAAAGACUGAUGUACUGCAGUAACGUCCAGGGUUUGGCAGAGGAGACAUGGUUUUCCUUCACUGCCAGUAAAAAGCUGUAUUUGCAGAACAUAAACUUUAGAAAUCAUAGGAAAUAUAUUAGAAAACCCAUUUAGAUUGCAAAAUCCUCCUCAGUGCCACAGAAAAUACUUGCUAUAUCAUCAAAGUGAGCACAAUUAGGAUUUAAACAUUGUUUAAACAUUGAAGCUGUACCAGCACAACCUGUUCUGGUUGUUCUCAUAUUUGAUUAACAGGACAGAGGCUAUAUUUUUGUUCAAUGGCUAUUGCAGCUUAUACUAAGCCAUAUAUAUAUUUUUUUAUUGCCGGUGUUAAUUCAAAUUAAAUAUUCAAAAGGGACCAUUUUAAACCUCCUUUGUUCUCCUACAUCUGUGAAUGUCCUAAAAUGUAAUCCUCCUUAAAGACACUUUUUUUAGGAUGUGAUAAAACAAUGAAUUAACCAAUAAAUCCUUUAACAUACAGCAAUAUACUGUACAUGCAAGUGUUUCAAAAAGUCACCAUGAAGAGCAUUUUUUUUAUAUGUAUAAAUUGUUAGCCCGUCAGCAAUGUUUUGUUUGUAAUUUAUUCUUUCUGCGCGGUAUGUCUGCGCACUAUGCAUAAAAUAUAGGCCAUUAAACUUUUACUUUUACCAACACUUUAGCACAUUUUUGUCACCCAUAAACUGCCUGAAUGGAAAUAUAACGUAUGGUAUUUCCUUGUCAUCAUCUUGCACUGGACACAGCAGCAUUCUCCAAAUAGUCUUUGUUCAAACCUAUGACCUUGUCACCUAAGGAGCAUGUAUUUUCUCUCUCAUGGAUAUAGUUAUACAGUCUGGGGAAAUGGGAAUGAAGGCAUGGAUGAUGCAUUUUACAGGCAGAACAACACAAUUUCUGAAGUCAAAUUUUUGGGUUUCCAUUUUUUUCCAGUUCUCUGUUUCCCUUACAUUUCAAGCAGGACC